GUGGAUAUCGGCGGUGUGCUGUUUACUGAUGUGAGCACUCCUACACCGGUGUUACUGAGGCGUCAGACGCUGCAUGGCCAGCACGGCAUCAGGAGCGGUCACAUCAGCAUCCUCAACCAUCAGACCAUCCACAUAGACGACCUGUUCUUCUAUGGCACCGCCCCGAGGACGCAGUUCUUGAUAGGUCGUGGUUCACCCAUCAGCAGCCACAAUGCGACAAAGAUCAGUGACCAUCGAAGCAAGCUGGACUACACAUCGCUGCCAGAGUUCUACGGUAAAAACAUGACGCUGCUGCUGCCGCCUACUACAUCUGUGUUUGAUGCUGAAUGGCUAAGCAUGUACGACAUACGGUUUAACAUGGAUUUCGCAAGCGUCACCCUACCGGUUGCUAAAUAAAACAAGUCCGUUGACAGGUGACACUAGUAACACAAUGAUGUACUAUAGAGUGCCCUCUAUACAAAGGGACUCUUACAUUAUGUGUUGAAUACGUAAAUUUGACCAUGGCCUACAAGAAAAAACAUGUCAACCACGUGUUGGCUAGGUUGUUGCAUAUAUAUAUAUUUAUUCACUCCACCGAGUUAAUGAUCAUAAUGUAAUUACUCCAUCUCAUAUGUAUUCUUGCAACAUAGUUGUCAUUUCAUCAGAUACUGACGAUAUUAUUAUUACUGUUAAUUUUAUUUUAUUUUAUUGACCACUCGUUAUCUACAAUAUAAUAAUUAUGACUAUCUACGUUCUGAUUAUUGUAUGUUAAUUGUUAACGGCACGUUAAUAAAGUUUAGUUAAUUGCAUAAGAAAAUAUGUUUAGUUAAUACAACCGACACCGUUAUACACAAUAAAGAAAAUAUAUAUGAUAAAAUUCA